UUGUCUGUUCCCAUUUGUGCUUCCUUUUCUCCUCAUUCCAUCUUCUUGGUCUUCCUCUUCUCUCUACAACAAACCGUUCCCCCUAAUAGCCACAUUGUUGACUCCCAAGUGUAACUGUGGUUAAAAGUUUAGCCGAGAUGCAGGAAGAGAGGACCAGUCUCGGCUAUUUAUCAGAGGCCUUGAACUUUGAGCUUGGUUCUUCUACUUCUACCUCAACCAAUGGUGUCUUAGAUCAUUGGGAGAACAUUCACAGUCUUGGUGAUAACGACUUGCACGAUUACAUGAUUGCAAAUCCUGAACCAGUCUAUCACAAUGAUCAACAAAGAAAUGAAGUAAUUGAUUUAGACUCAGAUUCUGAACAACCAUCUGAGUCUAAUCAACAUGUUCAUAAUGUUAACCUGAAUGCAGUAUAUAUUGAACUUGACGAGGACGUUGAUCCUGUUAGGGAACCGUCUGGUUCUUCUUCUGUGGAGGGACGCCGUGAAGCCUGCAAGAGGAAAGCUUUUGAAGGCAGUAUUGGCCAAUCUUCUUCAGGAGGUUAUGGUGGUUUCCACCACGGAGAAAGCAGUUCCUGGACACCAGCUUCUGUGAACAUAUCUGGUUCAAGAGGACAGGUCUCUAGUACUGUUCCACUUUUUCCUGUUUCUGAAACUGCAGAAAGCUCCAGUAGAAACACAGGUCAGCAAGAAACUGUAAACCCAGCUGUCUUUUCUGCGGGAAGUGUUGUGAGGCAACAACAUAUGUCGGAUUUGAGACAUGGACAAUCUUUAAGCAAUGUCUUUACUCAAAACUCAAAUUCUCCUGCUAUUAGCAUACCACCUGUUUCAAGGAAUAUGCUACCACCGUUUCAAUGGAGGGAGGUCUCACUAGCGGGUGGAUCAUCAACCUCUACUGUACCCGUUGAGAGACAUCUUCAUGUAGAUGAAACUAGGCCAAGAAGCAUACCAGAGAAUCCCUUGUUUAUUCCAUCUCCUCAACUUAGGAAUGUAUCUUCAAGUCAGAGUAGCAGUGGAAGUCUGAACAUUGCAUCAUCAGUAUCUUCUAAUCUAGCGUGGACCCCUUACCAGAACCUUCCACAUCAGCAGAGAAGAAGAUCCGAACUAGCCCGUAGGUCAUUGAUUUCUUCCCUUGCAGGAUCUGGUGAUCAUCCAACACUUCGUUCCUUGGCCCCUCCUGUCUCUCCGGAUGGGCUUGUGCUUCAGCCUGGUGGUGAUAAUAGUCACACGCCUUACUCAAGAGCAGGUCAGUGGUUGAAUAGACAAGGAGAUAGUGUGUCUGGGGGGGCAUCUCAUUCUUUUCGUGCCUUGGCAGCUGCAAGCAGAGGAAGAAGCAGACUUACAGUGUCCCAAAUGCAGAACAUCUUGGAUGUCAUGCGUAGGGAUCCGAAUCAUAGCUUGCGGCUUGAGGACGUUAUGCUUCUAAACCAGUCAUUGAUGUUUGAUGGGGCUGCUGGUAUGCAUGACCGUUAUAGAGACAUGCGACUUGAUGUAGACAACAUGUCGUAUGAGGAACUGUUGGCACUAGAAGAGCGUAUUGGAGAUGUUUGUACGGGUGUAAACGAAGAAACCAUAUCAAACCGGUUGAAGCAGUGGAAAUUCAAAAGGAGCACAAAGUCUCCACAAGAUGCAGAGCCAUCAUGCUGUGUUUGUCAGGAGGAAUACAGUGAAGGAGAAGACAUGGGGACGUUAGAAUGUGGGCAUGAGUUCCAUAGCCAAUGUAUAAAAGAGUGGCUGAAACAGAAGAAUCUUUGCCCAAUUUGCAAGACCACAGGCUUGAACACUGCCAAGAAGCGGAAAAUAGGAUGAAUGAGAGUAUUCAAAAGAGCUUUUUCGUUUUUCUUUGUUUUUACAGUUCAACUUAUAAACAGAGAAUGAAGUAACAGAGAAACACCCUCAAGCUCCCACCAUUGCAGAGCCUCUCACAGGAAAGUUAGUCGUAUUUACAGAUCCGAGUACGAAAGACGAUUUAAGGAUUAUGAUUUGGUUGGUGGAAAGAUAUGAGUGAAGGGAAAGUUGAGAGAAGGUGAUAGGGAAAUGUUGAGAGAAUGAAAUUGUUUUUUUCGUUUCUGAAUUUGUUCGGAUAACUGAUUUAAUAUUAUAUUUUAUCUGGUGUAGAAAUAUAUAUGUAUGUUUUAUGUAUAUUCUCUUACUAGGUGUUUUACCCGCACAUACGAGCUUAAUUAUCUUUUAAUCAAUUUAA